AUGGCGAUUAAAGAACUCAACGGUGAUGCCGCCGCCACUGCAGGCCUCCGGGUCUUGAUCGUCGGUGCGGGUAUCGGUGGAUUGACUGCAGCUAUUGCUUUGCGCCAACAGGGUCAUCGUGUGGAGCUGUUUGAGCGAUCCCGAUUCGCAAACGAAAUUGGUGCUGCCAUUCAUUUGUCUCCAAAUGCCAAUGGAGUUUUGCAAAGACUUGGAAUCGAUGCGACCAAGUUUGGCGCUGUCGAGUGUGAAUUGUUGCGAGAGUAUACCCCAGCGGGAGAGCCCGUCCAUAUCACUGAAGUAAAACAGCAUGGAGGCAUGUGGCGACACAACUGGCUGCUCGUGCACCGAGCCCACUUCCACGAAGGACUCAAGACAGCUGCUCAAGCACCGGGCAAGGGAGAGCCUGCAGUCCUACACACUGCCAGCAAGGUCGUCGACGUCGACCCGCACAAUGCGACCGUGACUCUGGAGAAUGGCGAUGUCAUCAAGAGUGACGUCCUGAUCGGUGCCGAUGGCGUGCACUCCCUCACUCGUACCAAGCUCACGCAAGACAUCAAGCCCGCCAGCUCGGGCAAGAAUGCGUUCCGCUUCCUCAUCACCCGUCAACAGGCCCUGGAUGACCCCGAGACGAACAGCAUUGCCCAGGACUUUGGUGCAGUUGACAUGUGGGACUCUUCCGACCGUCGCGUGGUCAUCUACCCCUGCGCGAACAAUGAGCUGCUGAACUUUGUCUGCAUUCACCCCGACUCGAUGACGACUAUCGACGCAGCUGGUGAUUCCUAUAACCAACAGAUUGGAAAGGAGACUCUGCUCGAAGUUUUCAAGGAUUUUAAUCCGCAGGUGCUAAAGUUGCUCGCGAAGGCUGACCCCCAGACGCUGAAGUUGUGGCCGUUGCUCGAUAUGCCUACUCUGCCAACGUGGGUGAAUGAUCGUCUGGCAGUACUGGGUGACGCCGUUCAUCCUUUCCUACCAUACCGUGCUUCUGGUGGUGCCAUGGCUAUUGAAGAUGGUGUCUCGUUGUCGGUCAUGUUGCCGCGAGGCAUUUCACCCGAGGAGGUUCCAGAGAGACUGAAGGUCUACCAGAAGGCCCGCCACGGACGCGCUACAAAAAUCCAAGAGAUGACUCGCGAGUCUGCGCAGCUCUUGGCUCCUGAGAAGGCAUUUGGUAUGGUCGUGUAUAUCUACGGCCACGACGAGUUCGACCACUCCGCCCAAGUCCUCCGUCAGCACCAGUGGUCCCAGAACCCUCACAUGUACUGGCGCCAACCCAUCGUUUUCGGGCCCAUGCCAGGCCCUCGCCAAGAUUUCAUGGGCAAUGACCGUGCCCUGAAAUCCCUCGAGUCCACCUUCCAGACAGCUUCGAUCAAAUUCAAGACCAGCCGUACCCUGCUGCAGAACCUCUUCCCCUCGGACCGGUACAGCUUCAUUUCCCCUGGCAGCGUCGCCCGCGCCAGUUUCUCCCAGACCACUUUGAACGGAAUGGACUGGCUGGGCGGUGGUGGAUACCGCCAUAUUGGACUCUACAUCCACGGCGUGCAAUAUAAGAAGGAGAACGGCGAGGUACUCAAGGGCACAUACAUGCCCAUCCUCUUCGAGAGUCUAGCUGACCCGAUCGUUUCUGGUCGCGAGGAACUCGGUAUGCCGAAACUCUACUCUGCGAUUGACAUUCAUGAGCGCAAUCAGUCGUACCGGUACCAGACGAGUUGGCAGGGUGCUGUGUGGGGACACUUUGAACUGGAGGAUCUAGAGGACGAAGAUCCGGCGGCGGAUAAGGGUACUAUCGGUGGUGAAGAUGAUGAUGGUAUUCUCGUGUACCGAUACAUUCCCAAGGUUGGUCGGGCUGCGAAGGGUGAAGCUGAGGCAGAGUAUCCCGUCUUCGUUCCACAUGCGCAGGAGUCCAAGGUUGUUCCGUCCAAGGUGACGCGCCUUCGCCGGACGAAGAAUGCGAAGAUUGAGAUUAAUGCUCUAGGAUGGGAUGCUUUGCCGACUUUGAACCACGUCGUGUCUCGUUUGAGUGAGAUUCCUAUCGACGAGAUUAUCGAUGCUAAGAUUACUGAGGGUCGGGGUGUGCCCGAUGUGUCCAGUGCUCAAAGAAUGGAGUGA